CCGUGCGGGGCUCCGGGGCUCUCGGGAGCGGGGCCGCUGCGGAGCGCGAUGGUCCCGGCGGGGCCGCCCCGCUCCUGCCUCCUGCUGACGGCCGCGCUGCUGCCGCUGCUGCCGGUACCGGCACCGGGGGCAGCCCCGGGCCCCCCCGCGCUCACCGACGCCGAGAUCGAGGAGUUUCUGCGCGGCUUCCUCGGACCCGGGGACGGCGGCGACCGGGACGGGGACCGGGACGGGGACGGGACGGAGCUGAGCUUCGGCACCGACCUCAGCACCGGCACCGGCACCGGAGCUCCGGAGCCGCUGCCGGAGCCUGAGAAACCCAGGAAGGGGAAGAAGGAAAAACCCCCCAAGAAGCCCAAGGAGAGACCCCGGGGCCCCAAGAAGGACAAGGACAAGGACAAGGAGCGGGGCAAGAACAAACCCCCCAAGAAAUCCAAGGAGAAGCCACCGAAAGGCUCUGAAAAAACCCCAAAAGGCUCUGAAAAAACCCCAAAAGGCUCUGAAAAAUCACCCAAAGGCUCCAAAAAGCCCAAGGAGAAGCCCCCCAAGGCCACCAAACCCUCUGGCAAGAAGCCACCAGUGCCACCAAGCCCCCCCACUAUCCAACAGCCCUCCCAGGGCAAGGAGGAUGAAGAGAUACCAGAGUUCCUGGAGCCUUCUCACAAGGAGGAGGAGGAGGAUGGAGGUGUCCGAGGAGAGCUGGAGGAGCCACCAAAUGAGCGCUGGGGGCUGGGCCGGGAGGACUGGAGCCCUGAGCCCCAGCCAGAGGUCCCCGAGGAGCCGGAGCCCCCGACCCUGGACUACAACGAGCAGCUGGAGCGGGAGGACUACGAGGACUUCGAGUUCAUCCGGCGGCAGCAGAAGCCCCCGAAGCCCCCGGGCAGGAGGAGACCGGAGCGGGUGUGGCCCCAGCCCGAGGAGACCAACGUCUGCAUGGUGAGGGAGGUGGCAUGUUCCCGGGGUGGGUGUCACACCCCUAGCAUCUGUGGCACGUUCUUGGGGUGGGUGGCAUGCUCCUGGGACUGGUGUCACCUCCCUGGGGUGGGUGUCACCUCACCAACAGCAAAGCCCAAGAAAGAGGAAGAGGAGGAAGAGGAGCGCUGGGUGGAGGAGAAGGGCCAGGACCGCAAAGGAAAACCCAAAAAACCAGGAGGAAAGAAGUGGGAUCCAGAUGAGGAGGAAUGGACCCCUCCAGCAGAGAAGAAAAGGUGUCCCCCGAUCGGGCUGGAGUCCCACCGCAUCGAGGAUGACCAGAUCCUGGCCUCCUCCAUGCUGCGCCACGGGCUGGGCGCCCAGCGCGGCCGCCUCAACAUGCAGGCGGGCACCAACGAGGACGAUUUCUUCGACGGGGCAUGGUGUGCCGAGGACGACAGCCGCGCGCACUGGCUGGAGGUGGACACGCGCCGCGUCACCAUGUUCACCGGGGUCAUCACCCAGGGCCGCGACUCCCAGAUCCACGACGACUUUGUCACCAGCUUCUAUGUGGGCUUCAGCAACGACAGCCAGCACUGGGUGAUGUACAGCAACGGCUACGAGGAGAUGAUGUUUUACGGAAACGUGGACAAGGACACGCCGGUGCUGAGCGAGUUCCCGGAGCCGGUGGUGGCCCGGUACAUCCGCAUCUACCCCCAGCGCUGGAACGGGAGCCUCUGCCUGCGCCUUGAGGUCCUGGGGUGCCCCCUCUCUGCUGUCAGCAGCUACUACACCCAGCAGAAUGAGGUGACUUCCACGGACAACCUGGACUUCCGACACCACUCCUACAAGGACAUGAGGCAGCUGAUGAAGGUGGUGAAUGAGGAGUGUCCCACCAUCACCCGCAUCUACAACAUUGGCAAGAGCUCGCGGGGGCUGAAGAUCUACGCCAUGGAGGUCUCCGACAACCCGGGCGAGCACGAGACGGGUGAGCCCGAGUUCCGGUACACGGCGGGGCUGCACGGCAACGAGGCGCUGGGCCGGGAGCUGCUGCUGCUGCUGAUGCAGUUCCUGUGCAAGGAGUACCAGGACGGGAAUCCCCGCGUGCGGGGCCUGGUCACCGACACCCGCAUCCACCUCGUGCCAUCCCUCAACCCCGACGGCUACGAGCUGGCCCACGAGGCGGGCUCUGAACUGGGCAACUGGGCAUUGGGCCAUUGGACAGAGGAAGGCUUUGACCUCUUUGAGAACUUCCCCGACCUGGCCUCAGCGCUGUGGGCAGCCGAGGAGAGGCGGCUGGUGCCCCACCAGUUCCCCAACCACCACAUCCCCAUCCCGGAGCACUACCUGUCCGAGGAUGCGGCGGUGGCAGUGGAGACACGGGCUGUCAUGGCGUGGAUGGACAAGAACCCUUUCGUACUGGGAGCCAACCUGCAGGGUGGGGAGAAGCUGGUGUCCUUCCCCUUCGACACGGCCCGGCCCAGCCCCCCAACGCCGGCAGCCGCCCCUCGCCCGCUGGACUACGAGGAUGAGCGCCCCGAGCUGCAGGAGACGCCCGACCACGCCGUGUUCCGCUGGCUCGCCAUCUCCUACGCCUCGGCACACCUGACCAUGGCCGAGACCUUCCGCGGGGGCUGCCACACGCAGGACGUGACCGACGCCAUGGGCAUCGUGCAGGGCGCCAAGUGGCGGCCCCGGGCUGGCAGUAUGAAUGACUUCAGCUACCUGCACACCAACUGCCUGGAGCUCUCCAUUUACCUGGGCUGUGACAAGUUCCCCCACGAGAGCGAGCUGCAGCAGGAGUGGGAGAACAACAAGGAGUCUCUGCUCACCUUCAUGGAGCAGAUCCACCGAGGAAUCAAGGGCGUGGUGACAGACCAGCAGGGAGAGCCCAUUGCCAACGCCACCAUUGUGGUGGGGGGCAUCAACCACAACGUCAGGACAGCCAGCGGCGGGGACUACUGGCGCAUCCUGAACCCGGGCGAGUACCGCGUGUCGGCGCGGGCCGAGGGCUACAACCCCAGCGUCAAGACUUGCCACGUGCUCUACGACAUCGGGGCCACCCAGUGCAACUUCGUGCUGUCCCGCUCCAACUGGAAGCGCAUCCGGGAGAUCAUGGCCAUGAACGGGAACCGGCCGAUCCGCCGUGUGGUGCCCGGCCGGCCCAUGACGCCCCGCGAGCGCCUGCGGCUGCGGCUGCGGCACCGCAUGCGGCUGCGGGAGCAGAUGCGGCUGCGGCGCCUCAACGCCACCACAGCCACCAGCGGCCCCACGGCCCCGCCGCCCACCACGGCCCUGCCCUUCCCCUUCAGCAGCACGGCCUACACGCCCUGGAGCCAGGAGCCGCCCACUGCCGGCACCUGGGAGAUGGACACCGAGACAGAGGUGGUCACCGAGCUGGUGACAGAGACGGAGGGCUGGGAGUUGCACACGGGGACGGCGCAGCCGCUCACCACGGCCGAAACCUACACCGUGAACUUUGGGGACUAGGGACACGUGACCCCUCACUCUGCUUCAAGCUGUGGUCGGACGCUUUGGCAUCCGCUUCCAGCACCUUCCCUGAGCCCAGGCAGCUGUUCCAGGUGGGCUCCAGCCCCUCACCUUGCUGCUUCCAAGGACUGCAGGCAUUGUCACAACAGCUGGGUGUUGUCAGGGACAUGCUACCCCAUCCCUCGGAGCCGGGCAGUGCCAGCCCACUGUCCGUGUCCCAGUGGGGUGGCAGGGGUGGUACUGCUCUCCUGGGCAGGGCCCAUGGAGGCGGGCACAGCCUUUCUCCCCUCCAUACAGUUUUUGUUACACAAAUAAAUCAAGUUAUAUUGGUAUG